AUGGCUUAUGUCUUCUGUGUGUGUUGCAGUACCCUGGUCCGUUACCUGAAGCAGACGGGUCGUAUCUCUCUGGGUCCCCUCCGCCUCUCCACCCUCACCCUCUCUGACGGCCUGCCCACCCUCGCCACCCUGCAGUUACACUGCUGCUCCGCCCUGGAGAACACACUCAGCGGACAGGAGGUACACACACACACACACACACACCCUCGCCACCCUGCAGUUACACUGCUGCUCCGCCCUGGAGAACACACUCAGCGGACAGGAGGUACACACACACACACACACACACCCUCGCCACCCUGCAGUUACACUGCUGCUCCGCCCUGGAGAACACACUCAGCGGACAGGAGGUACACUACAUGACCAAAAGUAUGUGGACACCUGCUCGUCAAACAUCUCAUUCCAAAAUCAUGGGUAUUAAUAUGGAGUUGGUCCCCCCCUUUGCUGCUAUAACAGCCCCCACUCUUCUGGGAAGGCUUUCCACUAGAUGAUGGAACAUUGCUGCGGGGAUUUGCUUCCAUUCAGCCACGAGCAUUAGUGAGGUCAGGUACUGAUGUUGGGCGAUUAGGCCUGGCUCGCAGUCGGUGUUCAAAUUCAUCCCAAAGGUGUUAGAUGGGGUUGAGGUCAGGGCUCCGUGCAGGCCAGUCAAAUUCUUCCACACUGAUCUCAACAAACCAUUUAUGUAUGGACCUCGCUUUGUGCACAGGGGCAUUGUCAUGCUGAAACAGGAAAGGGCCUUCCCCAAACUGUUGCCACAAAGUUGGAAGCACAGAAUUGUGCAUGGUGAUCUUAGGCUUGUGUGCGGCUGCUUGGCCAUGGAAACCCAUUUCAUGAAGCUCCCUUCAAACGGUUCUUGUGCUGAAGUUGCUUCCAGAGGCAGUUUGGAACUCGGUAGUGAUUGUUGCAACCGAGGACAGACGAUUCUUACGCGCUUAAGCACUCGGCGGUCCCGUUCUGUGAGCUUGUGUGGCCUACCACUUUGCGGCUGAGCCGUUGUGUCUCCUAGACGUUUCCACUUCACAAUAACAGCACUUACAGUUGACCAGUGCAGCUUUAGCUGGGCAGAAAUGUGAUGAACUGACUUGUUGGAAAGAUCCUAUGACGGUGCCACGUUGAAAGUCACUGAGCUCUUAAGUACGGGCCGUUCUACUGCCAAUGUUUGUAUAUGGAGAUUGCAUGGCUGUGUGCUCGAUUUUAUAUACCUGUCAGAUUCAACAACUGAGACAUAAACUGAACAAGUUCCACACACAUGUGACUAACAGAAAUUGAAUAAUGUGUCCCUGAACAAAGGGUGGGUCAAAAUCAAAAGUAACAGUCAGUAUCUGGUGUGGCCACCAGCUGCAUUAAGUACUGCAGUGCAUCUCCUCCUCAUGGACUGCACCAUAUUUGCCAGUUCUUGCUUUGAGAUGUUACCCCACUCUUCCACCAAGGCACCUGCAAGUUCCCGGACAUUUCUGGGGGGAAUGGCUCUACACCGUUGUUGCCGGUGAUGUCUGGUGAGGACCUGCCUUACAAUAGGCCUACAAGCCCUCAGUCCAGCCUCUCUCAGCCUAUUGCGGACAGUCUGAGCACUGAUGGAGGGGUUGUGCCUUCCUGGUGUAACUCGGGUAGUUGUUGCCAUCCUGUACCUGUCCCGCAGGUCUGAUGUUCGGAUGUACCGAUCCUGUGCAGGUGUUGUUACACGUGGUCUGCUACUGCGAGGACGAUCAGCUGUCCGUCCUGUCUCCCUGUAGCGCUGUCUUAGGCGUCUCACAGUACGGACAUUGCAAUUUAUUGCCCUGGCCACAUCUGCAGUCCUCAUGCCUCCUUGCAGAAUGCCUAAGACAAGUUCACACAGAUGAGCAGGGACCCUGGGCAUCUUUCUUUUGGUGUUUUUCAGAGUCAGUAGAAAGGCCUCUUUAGUGUCCUAAGUUUUCAUAACUGUGACCUUAAUUGCCUACCGUCUGUAAGCUGUUAGUGUCUUAACGACCGUUCCAUAGGUGCAUGUUCAUUAAUUGUUUAUGGUUCAUUGAACAAGCAUGGGAAACAGUGUUUAAACCCUUUACGAUGAAGAUCUGUGAAGUUAUUUGGAUUUUUACAAAUUAUCUUUGAAAGACUGGUCCUGAAAAAGGGACGCUUCUUUUUUUGCUGAGUUUGUUUAUAUAUAUAUAUAUAUAUAAAUAUAUAAACACACACACAUACAUACAGUGGGGAGAACAAGUACUUGAUACACUGCCGAUUUUUGCAGGUUUUCCUACUUACAAAGCAAGUAGAGGUCUGUAAUUGUUAUCAUAGGUACACUUCAACUGUGAGAGACGGAAUCUAAAACAAAAAUCCAGAAAAUCACAUUGUAUGAUUUUUAAGUAAUUAAUUUGCAUUUUAUUGCAUGACAUAAGUAUUUGAUCACCUACCAACCAGUAAGAAUUCCGGCUCUCACAGACCUGUUAGUUUUUGUAUAAAAGACACCUGUCCAGACACUCAAUCAAACAGACUCCAACCUCUCCACAAUGGCCAAGACCAGAGAGCUGUGUAAGGACAUCAGGGAUAAAAUGUUAGACCUGCACAAGGCUGGGAUGGGCUACAGGACAAUAGGCAAGCAGCUUGGUGAGAAGGCAACAACUGUUGGCGCAAUUAUUAGAAAAUGGAAGAAGUUCAAGAUGACGGUCAAUCACCCUCGGUCUGGGGCUCCAUGCAAGAUCUCACCUCGUGGGGCAUCACUGAUCAUGAGGAAGGUGAGUGAUCAGCCCAGAACUACACGGCAGGACCUGGUCAAUGACCUGAAGAGAGCUGGGACCACAGUCUCAAAGAAAACCAUUAGUAACACACUAUGCCGUCAUGGAUUAAAAUCCUGCAGCGCAUGCAAUGUCCCCCUGCUCAAGCCAGCGCAUGUCCAGGCCCAUCUGAAGUUUGCCAAUGACCAUCUGGAUGAUCCAGAGGAGGAAUGGGAGAAGGUCAUGUGGUCUGAUGAGACAAAAACAGAGCUUUUUGGUCUAAACUCCACUCGCCGUGUUUGGAGGAAGAAGAAGGAUGAGUACAACCCCAAGAACACCAUCCCAACGUGAAGCAUGAAGGUGGAAACAUCAAUCUUUGGGGAUGCGUUUCUGCAAAGGGGACAGGACGACUGCACCGUAUUGAGGGGAGGAUGGAUGGGGCCAUGUAUCGCGAAAUCUUGGCCAACAACCUCCUUCCCUCAGUAAGAGCAUUGAAGAUGGGUCGUGGCUAGGUCUUCCAGCAUGACAACGACCCGAAUCACACAGCCAGGGCAACUAAGGAGUGGCUCCGUAAGAAGCAUCUCAAGGUCCUGGAGUGGCCUAGCCAGUCUCCAGACCUGAACCCAAUAGAAAAUAUUUGGAGGGAGCUGAAAGUCCGUAUUGCCCAGCGACAGCCCCGAAACCUGAAGGAUCUGGAGAAGGACUGUAUGGAGGAGUGGGCCAAAAUCCCUGCUGCAGUGUGUGCAAACGUGGUCAAGACCUACAGGAAACGUAUGAUCUCUGUAAUUGCAAACAGGUUUCUGUACCAAAUAUUAAGUUCUGCUUUUCUGAUGUAUCAAAUACUUAUGUCAUGCAAUAAAAUGCAAAUUCAUUAGUUAAAAAUCAUACAAUGUGAUUUUCUGGAUUUUUAUUUUAAAUUCCGUCUCUCACAGUUGAAGUGUACCUAUGAUAAAAAUUACAGACCUCUACAUGCUUUGUAAGUAGGAAAAACCUGCAAAAUCGGCAGUGUAUCAAAUACUUGUUCUCCCCACUGUGUGUGUGUGUGUAUGUAUGUAUGUAUGUGUGUGUGUGUGUGUGUGUAUAUAUAUAUAUAUACACACACACACACACACACACACACACACACACACACACACACACACACCCCUAACCCCUCCUCCUCUCCAGGACUGUCUGAUCCCCCUGUACAGUGAAGCGCUCAGCACCUGUAAACAACAGGAUGUCCAGCCGUGGCUCCACGCGCUGAGAUACACCAUCUACCAGAGACAACUACUGCUCAAGCUCAAAGGUACACAAUGUACCUGUGUAUCCCUGUGUGUGUGUGUGUGUGUGUGUCCCUGUGUGUUGUUUCUGCUCUCUUAGACUCUGUGCUUUAUAUCUAUCUGUAUUUAUUUCAGUGGGUGUGUGGGGUCCCUGUUGGUGGGGUCCCCAUCAUGUGACUCACGUUAACCCUCUCUCGCUUCCUGUGCUCCAUUACCCAGGCUCCUCUGCUCCGCUGGACGGCCACCUUAUGGAACUGUGUCUGACGGCCGUCAAGUUCGCCCGGAAACAGGGCAACAUCGCCCUGGCAACGCGGCUGCUGGGCCAGUGCAGCGAGGAGGAGGGAGGAGAGGAUGGGUUGAGCCGUGCGUUCAGGCGUCUGACACUAGAGGGAGCUGUGGGGGAGAAGUGGGGACCUGAACUACAGAUCGAGAAGGCGAAAGUACUCUGCACUGCGGGUGUGUGUGUGUGUGUGUGUGUACGUACGUGUGUGUGUGUUUUAGUGUUUGGCUUUCUCAUCUUUCUCUCUCCCCUUAUUCCUCCCCCAACUCUCUCAUGUGCCACCUCUCUCCCCCUCCCUUCUCCUCUCUCUCCCCCUCUCUCUGUCUUCUCCCUCCUCUCUCCCCUCCUCCCCCCUCCCCCCUCCUCUCCCCUCUCCCCCUCCCCCCUCUCUCUCUCCCCCUCCCCCCCCUCUCUCUCUCCCCUCCGUCUCUCCUCUCUCUCUCUCCCUCUCUCUCUCCCCCCUCCCUCUCUCUCUCCCCCCUCCCUCCCUCCUCUCUCUCUCUCUCUCUCCCCCUCCCUCUCCCCCUCCCUUCUCCUCUUCCUCCUCCUCCAGGUCAGUCCAUGGCAGCCAUGGAGAUGUUGAGUUCCUAUGCUCUGUCUUACUGUCGCUCAGGGAAGUGUGAGCGCGCCGCCUGUUGCUCCGUCCUCACUCUGUGUAAGUAGUGCUUCCAGUGCUUCCCAAAUGGCACCCUAUUCCCAACAUAGUGCUCUUAUUUGGGGGAGAAGAGUUCCAUUUGAGAUGCAGGCGUACCAGGGUUGGUACCCGUCUCUCUGUCCUGUGCAUACAGGAUAAUUGCUGCAUGUUACUGCAAUUUCAGGGGCCUUUUUUUUUUUUUAGAAAACCUCCCAUGUGUAUUUUUGGCACGGCCCUGUUCUAACCGUCUCUGUCUGUAGGUAAGUGGCUGCUGGCGGACUGGAAGGACAUGACCCCUCAGCUCAAACAGGUGGUGAAGAGGUCAGGGGUCGCUGUCUUUCCCCCCCUCAGCCGGAACAUCACAGCCCUGCUGGAGCUACCCCUAGAGGACCAGGGCAUGCCCCGAAUCACAGCUGAGACCACAGGUAGGACACACCCCCUAAACUGCCUGAGUGUGGGUGUAGGAGAACCAAACUUGGUCCUGGGGAAGCUCUACCAGGCUGUAACCUAACCCCUACACACUAACCCCUCUCUCUCUCUGCCUCCGUAGUGAGUGUGGGUGUAGGAGAACCAGACUUGAUCCUGGGGCAGCUCUACCAGUUGUCCACCAGUCAGGCCCCGGAGGUGGCCAAGUCCUGGGCGGCUCUCGCCAGCUGGGCCUAUCGCUGGGGACGGAAGGUGGUUGACAACGCCAGGUACCUACUCUGCCAGUUGUUGUUUUAUUAUGCCCUUUUAGUUUUGAUUUUCAGUUGUCGUGAAACACACAUGAAUACAGACGUGGUAAAAGCUGUUGAUAACACAUGA